UAUGGAGGCGACGGCGGAAGGUCGCUCUCUUUGGGAGGCGGACGGCAGAGUCUGAGCAGUCAUGCCGGUCGCCAGGUCCUGGGUGUGCAGCAAGACCUAUGUCGCUCCGCGUCGUCCCUUCGAGAAAUCGCGCCUGGACCAGGAGCUCAAGCUGAUCGGUGAGUACGGCCUCCGGAACAAGCGCGAGGUGUGGAGAGUCAAGUUCACCCUGGCCAAGAUUCGCAAGGCGGCUCGAGAGCUGCUCACCCUGGAUGAGAAGGACCCCAAACGCCUGUUUGAAGGGAACGCUCUGCUCCGGCGCCUGGUCCGAAUCGGGGUGCUGGACGAGACCAAGAUGAAGCUGGAUUACAUCCUGGGCCUCAAGAUCGAGGACUUCCUGGAGCGGCGCCUGCAGACUCAGGUCUUCAAGCUGGGCCUGGCCAAGUCGAUUCACCACGCCCGAGUGCUGAUCCGGCAGAGGCACAUCCGGGUCCGCAAGCAGGUGGUGAACAUCCCCUCGUACAUCGUGCGCCUGGACUCCCAGAAGCACAUUGACUUCUCGCUGAGGUCUCCCUACGGAGGGGGAAGACCCGGCCGGGUCAAGAGGAAAAACGCCAAAAAGGCUCAGGGUGGAGCAGGAGCGGCCGACGACGAGGAGGAGGAUUGAGCUGUCGGCUUUCGCACACAUACACACACACACAUGCUCAGAGAGCACAACUGAAUAAAGAAUUGUUGUUAUCCCUGUC